AAUUCCCCAGCCACAUCCGAGUGGAUCCAGUUCUUUAAGGAAGCCGGCAUUCCUCCAGGACCUGCCGUCAAUUACGCCGUGAUGUUUGUGGAUAAUAGGAUCCAGAAAAGCAUGCUGCUGGAUCUCAACAAGGAAAUCAUGAACGAGCUGGGCGUGACCGUGGUGGGUGACAUCAUCGCCAUCCUGAAGCAUGCCAAGGUGGUGCACCGCCAGGACAUGUGCAAAGCUGCCACCGAGUCGGUGCCUUGCAGCCCCAGCCCUCUCCCAGUGGAGCUUCGCCGUGGCCCCUCCAGCGCCGCCUCUAGAAUGAUCACCAACAGCCUGAACCGCGACUCUCCACCCAGCACUCCCCCUAGGCGGCCAGACACCAGCACCUCCAAAAUCUCUGUCACCGUGUCCAACAAGAUGGCAGCUAAGAGCGCCAAGGCCGCUGCCACCUUUGCCAUCCAGGAGGAGGAGAGCCUGAGCGCUCCCGCCAAGCGCCGCCGAGUCACUGCAGAGAUGGAGGGGAAGUACAUCAUCAACAUGCCCAAAGGCACCACCCCCCGAACCCGCAAGAUCCUGGAGCAGCAACAGGCGGCCAAAGGUCUCCACAGAACGUCUGUGUUUGACCGCCUGGGCGCCGAGACCAAGGCAGACACGACGACGGGGAAUAAGCCCACAGGAGUCUUCAGCCGCUUGGGGGCCACCCCUGAGAUGGAGGAGGACCUGGCCUGGGACAGCGACACUGACAGCAGCAGCUCUGUCCUCCAGUAUGCCGGCGUCCUGAAGAAGCUGGGCCGGGGUCCAGCCAAGGCCAGCCCCCAGCCAGCACUGACUGUCAAAGCCAAGGCCACCAGCUCAGCAGCUACCACCGCCACCCCGUCGCUGCGACGCCUGGCACUACCCCCGUGCCCUGGGCCCAAGAAGAAGCCGGAGUCCCUGUCCAAAGUCAGCAUCAUCCAGAGACUGGGCAAGGCCACCCUCGUGCCCGAGGCCCAGGACAGCCAGGUCACGAGCACCAAGAGUAAGUCCUCGGCCGAGGUCAAGGUCACCAUUCAGAGGACUCUGGUGGGGCCCCGGGGGAGCAGCUCCAGCGAGGGCCUCGGUGCCCAGAUGGACCACGCAGGCACUGUGAGCGUGUUCAAACGACUGGGCCGCAGGACCUUCUAG